GAGCUCAGCCACUCGGAGGUCCCUUUCUUUUCUAGCAAGGUGAUCCCGCUAAAAGGUUCCCUCUUGGGUUGGGUCGAUCUGUGGUGGGGUAUCCUGGUGUGCGAUGUUCUUUCCGAUAACCCCAAGCUCCAGUACAUACCGAUGCCUAAGCCCAUGCCAAGCAAUGAGGGGGCUCAAGGUGAGGGUGAGGCAUCAUAUUUCAGAGAUGUCACUGGCUGUGAGGAUAUGAUCACGUUCGUUGAGAUGGAGUAUGUUUAUCAUUACAUUCCAGUCACAGAUCCCAGCUGCUACUCACCCUAUGGAUGGACGGCUGUCAUUGGGUCUAGGAAGCUUGAUUCAAGGGAGUGGAUAAGAAACCAUGUGGUCAACAUUGAGAAUAUAACAGUCUCUGAAGAUUGUCACGGGCGUACAGAUUUGUUGCCUCAGUUCUGCGAGAAUGGAACCCCAUCCUUGAAGAAAAUGCCAAUCGGCACCCCAACUUUGGGUGACUGUAACAAUGUUCUGUACUUGAUGAGCAAGGUUAAGUUCGGGGACACCAAAGGUUGGGUGGUUGCUGUUGACAUAAACUCUAAGAGGUUGGAAGCAGUAUCAACGUUUUCUGCAGCAAGUUUGCCUUGUUUCUCGACAGCCUACUAUCCAAGUUCAUUUUCAAAAUAUUUCAACAAAAACAGCACAGAACUUGAGCUAAAUGCCCAGACUGCUGAUUGUCAAGCAAGCACUGAUACGGAAGACUCCUCUGUUGAUGAGUAGACAUUUCUGGAUAUCCCAAGCUUGUGGGGGAAAUUGAAGGUGGGACUUUUAGCCAGGUUGUCACCAGUCUAAAGAAGCGGCCGUGCAUCUUUUGCAGACAUAUUUGCAGACAUCUUUUACUAGCGUCUAGCUAGU